UGCAUGGCUGUUGCUCCGUCUCUCUUCUUGUUCCCUUUUGCCUCUGUCUCCUCCACCUCUUUCCCUGCCUUCAUCUUGCCACCUGCCUUUCUGUCUCCGUUCUCUGGAGCCCAGAGUAGUCUGUGGCCUGUGUGAGGCUUCUCUCACCUGCCUGCCCCCUUGUCUGAGUCCAGAUUGUUAAUAGUCAGGUGUGUCCAUCCCACUGUCCACUCCAUCACCUACAUGCACACCUGUGGGCUUGGGGUAGUGGGGUCCAUGGACCAGAAUGCAGGAUUUUAGAGUUGCCAUUUCUCAAGCUUCUCUGAUGUGCCUGGCACACUGAUAAGUGUUUUAGGUGCAUUAUUUAAUCACCACCUGCAUCUUGUGGCAUAGGUAUUAUAUAUAUUUUCAUGUGAGGACAGUGGCUCAGAGAGAUCGAAAUUUGGCCCGUGGUUACAUAGUUUCAAAAGGGCACAGAGAUACAUCGAGGGACUAGAGAGGCCCCUGAGGAAAGGACUUCGGAUUUCCACAAAGUCUGGAGUUGGUCACAAGCUCAGCCUGGCUUUCCCCACUUCACCCUGUGGUCUCAGAUGUGCCAGACCCAUGAUGAGUCCCCUCUCAGAUACAUAGAGGCGCUGUGCUAGACACAGCGUAAACCAGGAUCUGGAUUCUCUCUGCUUACACACCUAGCCAGAUUUUGAACCCAGGCCUCCCAUCAGAGGCUGAAUUCUUAAACUACUAAAGCAUGCAUUGCCAAAGAACCAAAAAUGUGUAGAUCCUUCUACAUUAACUGGGGCUGAGUUUCCCUUUGGGAAAAUUCUCCCUGCCCUACAACAGGUCUGUGAGGAGGCAAGAACAAACUGGGGUGCCAGGUACUUCUCCAGGGUCCAAGGUAGGCAGUGUGGCUCCUUGAGCCUGGGGCCUGAAUCUCAGAAGUGAUGACCUAGGCCAGCACCCAGCCACGUGGAUGGGGACAUAGUCCUUGUCUCCAGGGAGCUCUAGGCCUUUUGGACAAAAGUAUCACUUUGGGUGCCAAGGCAGCCAGCCGUUCCUAUGGGGUGGGAACCCCUGAUGGUCUCCAAAGGUGGCUCUGUUUCACCUGCUCUGAGCUGGCUGCUCUUGCAUCAGCAUCUUCCAGGUUCUAACCCACACUCUUCUGGUCUCCUUCGGGAUCUUGUCCCAUCGGUUUUUCCCUCUCUGUAGGUCUCUCCUCUCCACCAGGUGACUUAAGGUUUUUGUCUCAGAUGGUCCCUGAAGCUCUCAACCCAUCCCCCCACCACUGUUCUCUGAAGGAUGCCAAAGUUACCCACUACUUUUCAGAUUUCCUGUGUGGUGCUGCACUAGUGGCUGACCUUUUGUACAGGGUACCAGCUCUCCAUAGUCCCCACAUGUUCUAGUACUUCCUGUUACUGGGGCCAAGUGUCAGGUUUCCUUCAUCAAGGAGCUUUCCAGGUUGUUCUUACACUAGUCUACAUCAUUCAUUUCUAUUCCCUUUGGAGUGCCCGAAUCUAAUCAGACCAGUUGGUGUUUGCAUUUCCUCUCCAGCAGCAAUGCGAAGAAGAUGGGCCCUGUCCUGAAGGGUUCCCAGGAGGUUGAGGUCCCUUUAUGAGCCUCGUCUGGGGUCUGUCCCCAUUGCAAACAGGCUCUAGGAGGUCCCAUGACUUUGGAGAAGUGAUUUAUGUCCGAGAAUAAAUUCUUUUCUCUCGCACAAGAAUCCUCUGAUGCCAGGAGUCCUAACAGCUAGAAACAAAGGCCUGUGAAGAUUCGCUCUGAUUUGGGGGUGCAUCACAGGGUAGGUCCUCAGAAAGCAUCCUUCACGUGCUAGCGGAAUGCUGUAGAGCAAAAGAAUGAAUAAAGCAAGGUCACUCUUAAUAAGCUGGACCUUGAAAGGUGAAUAGAAGUGAUUUCUGCAACUGAGAAAAUCACUCAGUUUUGACCUUCCAACCACCAUCACCACACGUACCUGUACCCCCUAUGGAAUAUUAGAGGUGGGGGGAGGGGGAACUGGGAGGCCGGGAGCCCAAGUGACCCACCUGCUGGCACUGAGGCUGAGGGGAGCAGGGGUCUGGGGCUCCGGGCUUCUGGAGAUGAAUGGGGGUAGGGGUGUUGAUGGGGUUCUGAGAGGCUAGGGAGGGUCUGAGAAGCAAGGGGUGGCUUGGAGGAAGAGUGCAGUGCUCUGAGAAGUUAAGACUCUGAGAUGUGUAGGUCCCUGAGGAGUGGGAUGCUCUGAGACAUGGGAGCCUAUGAGGAAGACUGGGGUCUGGGGGGGGAUUGGCUCUAAGAAGUGAGGUCCCUGAGGAGUGGGGACUCUUGAGGAGAUGUGCGGGCUCUGAGAAGGGAGCGCUCUAAGGACGUGUGCGGUGUAAAGUGUCUCAGAGUAGGAAUGGUUGAGGGAGGUGGAGAUGUGGGAGAUGGGGUUUCUGAAGCAGAGCAAAGCCGGCCUUGCCCUCUCCGGCUGGAGGAGGGUAGGGGUAGAAAGCGCCGUUGCCUCAGCAACCCCCAACAGAGUCCUAGGCAGAUAGGAGGGGCUUUUAGGGGCCUGCCUGUGGGCGAGGCACGGCGGCCCGCGCGGCGGCGGUUGGCUGACGGAGAUAGUAGGGCGUGUCCCUGGGCGGGGCGCGGUCGCCUAGCUGGCGGCGGUUGGCCGUAGGCGGAGGGGGGCGGGGCCCGAGGGCGCGCGUGAUGCGCGCAUAGACGGCGGUGGUUGGCUACGACGUCCGCGCGAGCUCUCCAGGCUCGGCUGCUCCUUGGUUGAGCGCCCGCCAGGCCUCGCCGCGCAUGGACACCCCGUGCUGCCGCCCCGCUGACCCGCGCCGCUCACCACCCCGGCCCCCACCGGGCUCCGACACGGACGACGUCCUGCAGAUCAUGGCCAUCACCGACCAGAGCCUGCACGAGGCGCAAGCCAGAAAGCAUGCUCUGAAUUGUCAUCAGAUGAAGCCUGCUCUCUUCAGUGUGCCCUGUGAGAUCAAGGAAAAGGCAGGGUUGAACAUUCGUGGCAUUCUGGCAGAGGGUCCCCCCGACGCUCAGCUCCAAAAGCUGGAUAACAUGCUGCUGGCCGAGGGCAUGUGCAGGCCGGAGAAGCACCGAAGAGGAGCCCAGGCGGCGGCCGGCACAGCAACCCCAGGUGGCUGUCCAAAUGACAGUGGCCCUGAGCACUCUGACUCCAGGGCCAAGCUGUCCCAGACCCGACAGAUUUACCCCUCUGAGCUAGAGAAACAUGAACAGGCCUGCCGUGAGUUCACCACGCAUGUCACCAGCCUUCUCCGGGAGCAGAGCAGGAUAAGGCCUGUCUCGCCCAAGGAGAUCGAGCACGUGGUGGGCAUCCUCCACGGCAAGUUCAACAGCGUCCCGAUGCAGCUGAAGGAGAGCACCUGCGAGGCCGUGAUGACCCUGCGCUCGAGGGUCCUCGACGCCAGGCGUAAGCGGCAGAACUUCGGCAAGCAAGCCACGCAAGUGCUGAAUGAAUAUUUUUAUUCCCAUGUGAGCAACCCUUACCCCAGUGAAGAAACCAAAGAAGAGCUGGCCAGGAAGGGUGGCAUCGCCGUCUCCCAGGUCUCAAACUGGUUCAGCAACAAAAGAAUCCGGUAUAAAAAGAACAUGGGGAAGUUUCAAGAAGAGGCUACCACUUACACAGGUUCCUUUGGUCCCUUUCCGAUGACCAGCACCAGUGACACACUUAUCACCCUGCAGACGCUGGCCUCCCUCCGGCCCGCCCCUGGGGAAGGCAGCCUUCUGGGCCAGGCCAGGGGCAGCUGGCAGGUGAGGCGAAUGUCGACCGCUUCACCUAUUGGAGACCCCGGCAGGGUCACUUCAAACGCAUCUAAUUAAGUGUUGGGAUGAGCAGAAAAGAGGACGGUGCGACCUGCCUUGGUUCCCUGGAAUUCAUGUUUCCUCAGAAAACCCAGAACUGACAGCAGACAGCGCUCCCUGAGCUGACGGCAGGCGACACCGGUACCAUCUUUUGCUUGUCAGCUGGGGUUUGAAAUGGGCUGAGACACUGCUCGUUCUGCCAACUCCGUUUGGUGUUUUUUACAGUAAUUUUAUGGUUAAGGCUGAAUUGUUUCUUCCAGGACUUGGCACAAAUUCUCCCAUUACAGUUUUGGACCGAUUUUAAUUUCGAUGUCGUUCACUCCCAGAUUUGUUCCUGCCGAUGGCUGACCGCGCAGGUGCAGGGCUGCAGCUGCGCAGUUGGGCGGGUUGUUACUCUGUUUGCUCAUUUGUCCAUCCGUGUGCCAACUCGCCCAGACACUGCCUUCCACACUCUCUUCUGCUGUGUCGUUUCAUGCGGUUUUGAUUUAAGUCUGUUGUGAGCUCAGAAUUUUACUGGGAAUUGGUUUGGCACCUUUUUCCGUUAAUACAAGUUCUACCAUUUUCAGCUGAAAUGUCGUUAAAGACGAUAAACUUCCCAGGCACUUUCCUGCAUCCGUGCUCUUGAAAUCCUGCUGGCCCAAGGCUUGGCGCUGCAAGUCCCCCGGCUCCUGGAUGCCCCUCUCUGUCUCCUCGCCCAGUUCCUCCUCUGCUUCAGCCUUCGGGUGGGACCUUCCCUCUGUCUCCUCCUCUCUUCCCCUCACCGGGAAUGAAGAUGCUAGAGCUGGGCUGUUGGGAGAAUUAAAUGAACCUGGGCUCAGGACAGCUCGGGGCCCUGAGCAGGUGCACUGUAUCUGCCCGUCAGUCAGUGUCACCGCGGCCCUAACCCCGCACUGUCAGCUGCCACCAUGACCAGCAUCUGAGCUUCUGUCCAGAGUGUUUCAUCUCUGGACACAGAGUGUUCUGACUCCCGUGCACCUCCACACCAGCUCCGCCCAGAUCCUGGCCAGCUGGAUGCGUCACCGUUCUCCCGGUUCUUGGGCCCCAUGCCCGAGAGAUCCCUCUGUCCUGUCUCCAACCCCCGCGGGUGUCACCACCGUGGCGCCGACACUCUAGUGAGGGUUGCAGACAGGAAACGAGGUGCGGGAGUGAGGGUCGGCUGUGUCACAGCCAUGCAGCACAGCGGGGUCCCGGCCUGCACCCCGAAAGACUGAGCACGGUGGUCUCCUGGGAUCAAAGGACCUCUGCCCCCCACCCCUGUGGCUUCCAUCCCCCCCGCACAUCUGCCCAUCCCAACCCAUCACACCCACGGGCCUCUGGGCAGCAGCCGGCUGCUCUCACCUGGCCUGUCACCACACUGCCCUCCACGUCUCCAUUUCUGUUGCUUUCAAGAACCAAGAAAUGGAUAUCUAAGGCGGGUGAUACAACCUCAGCCCACCGUGUCCGGGCCCUGGCCCCUUCUCCACCGGCACCCACUGCACGCUAGGCCUCAGGGUGACCUGCCAAGACGGCCCGCGGCGGUCUGGGUGUGUCCCUGCAGACGAGCCCCCACUUGGCACCCCAUGCUUCUCUCUACCCGAUGCACCUUGCACUGGCCACUGCCUCUGUGUCCGGGAGGAUCUUCCUCCAGGGAAUGAACUGCCGCGGCCGGAGCCCCUCAGCCCCAGUGCUGGAUAUUUUAGGUAGCUCCCAUGUUUGCAGCCCUGUGCCCGCGACGCCCCUCAGCUCGAGUCUCUCUGGUGCUGUUCUGCGAGCCCUCCCGCAGCCUGGCUCUCUGCACGGUUGGCGCUUCUUUUCUUCCCCUCACUGCCCUUGCAAACCUUCAGGGCGGGCAGGGGACAGCCAUCAGGACCUCCCCCUGCAUCUGCGACCUUUCCACUGAGCCCUCCCAGCUGCUCUUCACCCUAUCCCUGCCAGCAGGAGCUGUUAGGAUGCUGGGCAACCCCAAACCCACAGCCGGGGGGGGUCUCGGUCAGUCGAGGCUGUUGUAGAGCCCACCCUAAAGGCGACCCUGUCCCCAUGAGCAGUCACUCCCCAUUUUCCGUCCUCAGCCCCUGGCAACCACUCAUCCGCUUUCUGUCUCUGUGGAUUUGCCUGUUCCGGACAUUUCAUAUACAUAGAACCAUACAUGCGGCCUUCCGUGUCUGGCUUCUUUCCCUCGGCAUGUUUUCAAGGUUCACCAUUUUAUAUAUAGCAUGUGUCAGGGCUUCAUUCCUUCUGACGGCCAGCAUCCCAUUGGGGACCGUGCCUUAAGACAAGGCCUUAGGGAGGUGAUUGAGAGAGCGUGCCGAGGUGCAGGGUGGGCGCUGCCCGAGGUACCCACAACAGUGGGAGGGCGCGAGGUGCCGGCCCUUGGAAGGGGCCAGGCCUGGUGUGAGCAGGGGGCACCCCAGGGGGACUAACAUCUUCACGAUCCGCCGCUGCUGCAUCGAGAACAGACUGCAGGAAAGGGGGGUCCAAGGGUCCUGCGACCUCCCAGCUGGUGGCCACGUGCAGGCAGGGGUGGUUAGGGUCGGGGGACGUGGGUGAAGGUAGACCUGCAGGACCUGCUGCUGAGUAGGAAUGGGGUGGUCUGAGCCACAGGAAGACUGGACGGGGACAUCACGGAGGGAAGGUAGCUCAGCUCUGGACUGACAGGCUUGGGGUGUGCACGCAACUAGACAUUGGAGUCUUGUUCAGGAUGGAAGUUUGGAAGUUGAGAGAGGCCAGAAUAUGGGACAAAAACCAAGACAGGAUGUCACGGAAGCCAGAAGGACAGAUUUCAGGAGCAGAAAGUGAAGGUCCACCAACAUGGAAAAAUGACUGCCAGACUGAGCAGCCUGGGUUCAGUGGAGCAAUGGGGCCACCGAUUAGUUCAAGAGACAAUCAGCGACUCAGAGGAUCAGAGAGCACAGUCAGCUCUCCAGGAGACUCGCGGCAAAGGGGUCGCCAGAGGCCGUGCGGAGAAACUGAGGCAGUGCCCCGGAGAGCUGCCGGGUAGGUCCUGUGGGAGCAAGAGGGUGGGAUGUGCCACGGCAGGUCGUGUGGACACUGGAGAGGAGGUGGAGAGCGCGGUCCCACAGGAAACAGACAAAGCAGCAAUUUGCGGGUGCCAGGUGGCCCUGGAGCCUCCCCCUCACUUGCGCUCUCUCGUGGCUGUGGCGUGAGUGCGGCUUGUGGUUGGCUCGGCCGCCAGCUUCUGGCUGAGUCCCUUGGAGGUUUGGUUUGCUUGUUUGUUUCGGUUUUCUGGCGGCACUGCGCGGCAUGUGGGAUCUCAGUUCCCUAACCAGGGAUCGAACCUGGGCCCCCUGCAGUGGAAAGCACCUAGUCUUAACCACUGGACCGCCAGGGAAGUCCCUCUUGGAGGGCUGUAAUUUGAGGAAACUCCCUAGGUCAAAUUCUGCGCGUAAAGUCACACUUUACCAGCAUUUCAUACUGCAUUAUUCAAAAAAAUGCCUAAAAUGUGGCCCCACGACACUAAUCAAGCUAUUAAGGACCACAAGAGCGCGGAGGAGUCACCUGGCACCCCCUGACACCGCCCUGCUGGCAGAGUGGGUGCUGAUGGUACCUCCAUGCAACGGGUGGGGACGCUGAGGCACAGAGGCUUCGUGACCUGUGCCCCAGGCUCCCAUUUAGGAGAGAGACAGGCAGAGCCAAGGCUGUGAGCCCGAAGGCAGUUCUGGGGAGAGUAUGGCUGCUCGAGAUGGCAAUCUUCUAGAAUCCAUUAAUAUUAAAAAUGCACACACCCUCUCCCUCAUCAGUUUUCCUUCUAAGAAUUCUUCUACAGGUACAUGCAAAUGAAUGCAAAGUGAUGCAUUUCCUGCCACAUUUUUUUGUAACUGCAAAAAAAAUGAAAAUAAAUGUCUGUCCUUUGGGCACUGUUUAAAUCACGCUGUUCAGCCCUGCAGUGGAAUAGCAUACAACCGUUCAAAAGACUGAAGUAGCUCGUCUCCACAAUGCAUUAAUGUAAAAAGUAGGAAGGAUAACCAUUUGUGUCCAUUUUUGAAAUGGGGGUGGGUGGGGGUAUCCAAGUAUCUCUGGAAGGAGACGCAGGUCACAGCCGUGGCCACUGGGGAAGGAACCAAGGAUCCGGUAGUUGACAGGGAAGCGAUCUCUCAUUUCUCUGUAUACCCUUGGGCAGUCUGCAGUUUAGAAAUCCCUGAGGCUUGUGCUGGGAGAGCAGCAGGAGCCCUUGGAACACUGACCACUGCCCUCAGCCAGUCCUGCUCAUUACUCAUUAUUCCACCCUCCCCCUCCCCCUCCCCCUCGCCCUCCCUCCUCUCCCCCUCCCCCACGAAUCUGUGGCUUGGAAGUUCAUGAUCAGGGCCCCACGGGAGGGGGAUCUGGAAACCACCACACAGGGAGAAGAAAGUGGAGGUGGAGUGAGAGGUCCAGCUGCUGUGUCCCAUCACCAUCCACCAGAGGCCGCUGUGGCCCUGCAGCGAGUACAGAGCUAGAGGCUGGAGACCUACCUCUCUUGGGCUGGAGACCCAGGGAUAUAAGACCCCCUCAACUUGUAGCUGUCGGGUCCAAGGGCCGGGCUCAGGGCAGGAAAUGAGACCUCCACCAUUACUUUUUUUUUUUUUUUUAAAGAAGAUGUUGUUGGUAGGAGUUUAUUAAUUUAUUUAUUUAUUUUUGCUGUG